CUAUAAAACCAGUCAAGAGGAGGCGAUGCCAUCCACGGCGGCGGCGGUGGACUGGUAGGAUCCGGUCGAACGAGCCAUCGUCGGCAUGGACAAGAACGGCAGCUUCGGCGAGAGCUCGUCGGAUGACGUGGAGGCGCCCCUGCUGCCGCCGCCCGUGAGGGGCGGGAUGGCGAAGGGUGAUCGCCCGGCGGCGUCGGCGGCGGCGGCGAGGGUGCGCGCGCUGCUCGCUCACAGGUACCCGGCGAUCGCGGCGGGGCCGGCGGCGUGCGCGGCGGUGUGCGCGCUUGUGGACCUCGGGCCAGGGCACGGCGAGGCGCGGAACAUGCUCGGCGUCCUCGCGUGGGUGUUCCUCUGGUGGGUCACCGGCGCCGUGCCGCUCGCCGUCGCGUCCAUGGCGCCGCUGUUCCUCUUCCCGGUCUUUGGCGUCUCCUCCUCCGACGCCGUCGCCAAGGCGUACAUGGACGACGUCAUCUCCCUCGUCCUCGGCAGCUUCAUCCUCGCGCUCGCCAUCGAGCACUACCACAUCCACCGCCGCCUCGCCCUCAAAAUCACGUCGCUCUUCUGCGGCGACCCGGUGCGGCCGUCGCUGCUGCUGCUGGGCAUCACCGGCACGACGAUGUUCGUCAGCAUGUGGAUCCACAACACGGCGUGCACGGUCAUGAUGAUGCCGGUGGCGACGGGGAUCCUGCAGAGGUUCCCCCGCGGCGGCGGCUCCGGCGUCGACGACGACGACGGCGCCGGCGGGCAGGAGGUGCGGCGGUUCUCCAAGGCGGUGGUGCUCGGCGUGGUGUACGCGUCGGCCAUCGGCGGGAUGGCCACCCUGACGGGCACCGGCGUGAACAUCAUCCUGGUGGGGAUGUGGUCGGCGUACUUCCCGGAGCAGAAGCCCAUCACCUUCAGCUCAUGGAUGUCCUUCGGCCUCCCCAUGGCGCUGGUUCUCUUCUUGGCGCUCUGGGUCACGCUCUGCUUCAUGUACUGCUCCAAGAACACCGGAAAGGCCCUCUCUGCCUACCUGGACAGAAGCCAUUUGAGACGAGAGCUCAGCUUGUUAGGUCCAAUGGCUUUUGCAGAGAAGAUGGUCUUGGCUGUGUUUGGGGGCCUAAUUGUGCUAUGGAUGACUAGGAACCUAACAGAUAACAUCCCUGGAUGGGGAGUUCUGUUCCACAAUAAAGUCGGGGAUGGCACAGUUACUAUCAUGAUGGCCACUCUGCUGUUCAUAAUCCCCAGCCGGAAGAGGGAGGGUGAGAAGCUGAUGGACUGGAACAAGUGCAAGAAGAUCCAGUGGAACAUCAUCCUCCUCCUCGGCGCAGGUUUCGCCAUUGCUGAUGGCUUCAGGACGAGCGGCCUGACAGACAUCCUCUCCGAGGGGCUCAGGUUCCUGAAAGGGUCGCCAACGCUGGUAAUCGUGCCUGUGGCCUGCGUUUUCAGUGGCAUCAUGACGGAGUUCACCUCUGACGACUCAACCACGACGCUGGUGCUGCCAUUGUUCGCUGAACUGGCCAAGUCCAUUGAGGUGCACCCUGCACUGCUCAUGGUUUCCAGCGGAAUCGGGGCCCAGCUGUCAUACUUGUUGCCCACCGGAUCGCCGUCAAAUGUUGUUGGCUUCAGUACUGGCUACAUUAACAUCAAGGAUCUGGUGACCACUGGGUUGCCCCUGAAAGUUGUUGCAAUUGCAGCCCUGACAGCCUUACUGCCAACAAUAGGACCAGUGAUUUUUGGCAUGGACAGCAAGUCAUAGGAACAUACAUAUGAAGUUUUGAGGAUGUACGGUAAAGUAGUUUCUGUAUCUCAUGCCCGGACCAUUGUUGAGGGUAAGGGGCAUGAUUUGUACGAGAGUUAACAUAGGGGUUUCUCAACCGUUCUGUAUUAGUGUAUCUGAAACGUGCCCCGGGAGAUCAGAUUUCUUGUUAGACAAUAGAAGCAGACAAUAGAAGUAUGAUCAAAAUGCAAAAGGCCCAAACAAUCAAUAUCCUUCAUAUGAGCGUACAAUUUGCACGCCUUAUCCUCUAGAGGUGCUAUAGCUUGCUGUUCUUCACAGAGUAUGUAAAGUUAAAAGAGUAUCCGCAUAUAUAUUAAAUAGAAUUGAAUGUGUGGUACAAGAA